CUAACCCAAUUAGUACAACGUUACAAAACGAUGACCUACAAACCCAAGAAAUUGCGACACAGAUAAAGCUGUCCUGACAGUCAGAGAAGAAGGGACACCUCUCUUUUCUCCGGUUCCUAUCCCUCCAGUGCGUACAGUGCAGUGCCUUCAUUACAUUGCCCAGAAAAGCCAAGCCAAAGUGAAUAGGGAACAUUUCGGACAGGUCGCCGUCACACCAGAUUGAUUGACUGUCUGUUCCUUUCAAGGGUUUCAAUUCGGAUAUGGCAAUUUCAUGGCAUAUCUGAAAUUUGUCAUUUUCCACAACUUCCAUGGCUUGUCGCAGCUCCCUGGAGCUGAUGCUGGAGAAGAUUCAGCAGCUGGAGGAUCAGCCCGAGCCCGAAGACAUUCCCCCAGCUUUGCCCGUCAGGCCCGUUUCCAGGGCCCGUAUUCCCCCGGCCCGACGGAUUCACUUCCAAAAAUUGAGUUCUGAUUUAUCUGCUCCGAGCUUUAAUGGAAGCUUCAAUGGCGGUUGCUGCACUGAGAAAGGGAUCGAAACAUUGGGAAAAUCAGUGGAGAAGAGAAGUCAGAUUAUGAUUCAGAAAUGGUAUAGAGGCCACAGAGUUCGACGCAGCUACAAGGAGAUAAGAACAGGAGCAGUUGCGCUGCAAUCAUUUGUCCGAGGCGAAAAUGCACGAAGGAAAAGCGUUGGGGCAGCAGUCGUUGUUGGAGAGAACGUUAAUGUCCGUUACGAUGUUCUUGUGGAUCUGCAAAGGCGAGUGGUGACGACGGAGGCUCGAGCGAGGCAGAAGGAGGCGGCGAACAUGGCGUUGAAGGUACGGAUUAAGGAAAUGGAGAAGAAAUGGGAGCUUGUGGAGGAAAGGAUGAAGUCCAUGGAGAUGACGUGGCAGGAUCAGUUGCUGCACAUCCAAAAAUGUCUGCAGGCUGCUGCACCCAAAACGCAGCCACGUCGAGAAAUCAGGUUCAGAAAAUACAAUCUGGACGAUGAUGAUACCCGCAGCAAUGGCAAUGGCAAUGGCAAUGGCAAUGGAGCAUUGGUAAUGGAUCUGCCAUUGAUGAUCGGUCCUUGUGGUUGUGAUGAUGAUAUUGAUGACGACGACGACAGUGAUGUUCGGAAAGAGGAUCAGAUUAAUGUUCUUACACUGCAUCCUCAGGAGGAGCUCUGCAGACUCAACUACAGAUUCAAAGCCUGGAAAAAGGACUACGCCAAACAGCUCAGGGAGGCUCAGUCUGCCAUUAGAAAGCUCCCACGAAAUUCUCAACCCCACAAAAAGCACCGCUGGUGGGGAAGAUAAUUUAUUUAUUUUUUAUUUUUUUUAAUUAUUAUUGCUUUCAAUAUUUACAUAUGAAGCACUAUUUUUAAUUUAAAUAUUCACAACUAUAUUGAUUUUAAAUUUAUAAUAAUAAACUUUUUUUUUUAUGACGAUAAUAAUAAUAAUAAUAAACUUUUGCGUGCACAUGCAUUGGAAUGUGCCUAAUUUCAUACAUGUACCUUAGUCACACUUUAAUUUGAUUUCUUAUAUAAUUAACU